AUGUCCACUCGGACGUUGCUGUCGCUCUCCAAACUAUUACAGCCACCAUGGGCUGGACUUCUGAGUAACCAGCAGGUACUUAGCCCAUCAGUUUGCUGUCGGAGGGAGAAGUCCUCCUACGCUCCCCCUCCAGCCAGGUAUGGAGGAAGACACUCCGUGACUUUGAUUCCUGGGGAUGGAAUUGGACCAGAACUUCUGAACCAUGUUCGGGAGCUUUUCAGGUUCUGCUGUGUUCCUGUGGAUUUUGAGGUUGUGAAUGUAGACUCCACAAAAACUUCAGAGGAUGACAUCAAUAAUGCCAUCAUAUCUGUUAGACGCAACGGGGUGGCUCUCAAAGGUAACAUUGAGACUAACCACAACUUACCCCCUUCUCACAAGUCCAGAAACAACUUGCUUCGUGUCAGUCUGGACUUGUAUGCAAAUGUGAUGCACUGUCAGUCUCUCCCGGGUAUUCAAACCCGUCACAAAGACAUCGACAUCAUCAUCAUCAGAGAGAAUACUGAGGGAGAAUAUAGUAGCCUGGAGCAUGAGAAUGUACCAGGAGUCGUGGAAUGCUUGAAGAUCAUCACUCGUGUGAAAUCCUUGCAGAUUGCCGAAUACGCCUUUCAACUAGCCAGGGAGAAAGGUCGUCGUAGGGUCACGGCUGUUCAUAAAGCCAACAUCAUGAAACUGGGAGAUGGGCUUUUUCUGCAGUGCUGUAAAGAGGUGGCAGCUGGAUAUCCUGACAUUGCAUUUGACAGUAUGAUUGUGGAUAACACCACAAUGCAGCUGGUGUCCAAGCCUCAGCAGUUUGACGUGAUGGUGAUGCCAAAUCUCUAUGGUAACGUGGUGAGUAACGUGUGUGCCGGGCUGGUUGGAGGUCCUGGUCUGGUUCCAGGUGCUAACUAUGGAAAAGACUACGCCGUGUUUGAAACAGCCACUAGGAACACUGGCAAAAGCAUUGCAAACCGCAACAUUGCAAACCCCACUGCUACACUGCUGGCUAGCUGUCUUAUGCUUGACCACUUGAGGCUUCAUGGCUAUGCUACCAUGAUUCGCCAAGCGAUUCUCAAGACUCUGUCUGAAACACGGUUACAUACAGCUGACCUUGGGGGUCAGGGCACAACCUCUGAGGUCGUCCAAUCUAUCAUGCAAGAGAUUCAAAGCAGAGGACCACUUACAGUCGACCAAAUCUGAACACACACUAACACUUACCUCAGCCACAGCAGGGAAAAUGCUUCAAUCAUUAGACACUUGGAACACUGUCAAGGAGAAGUAGCGUUUGUGCGUGUGCGUGUGCACGUGUGUGUAUUUGUGUUUGUUGGAAUGUUGCAGGAUCAGGUACAGUUAAGUUUGAUUAUGCUCUAAGAAUUCCUAUGCAGUUUUUAUAGCUAUGAGAGUAAUGGUAAUUAAAUGUGGGUACGGAGCCUUCGGGUCCAGCUGGAAAUUGUGUAUAAGUAGACCAAGAGUAUACUAAGACUUUAGAGAUUACCUCUCUGAAUGAAGACUUUCUUUAACUCUGAACUACAUAACUAUCCAUGAUCUACUGUUAUUGAGGUAAGACUCAGGUGGAGGGAGGUGUUUCAGAAAUGCUGUUAUAUUUUUCUUUAGACUGUUACAGUACGGGUUCAUCAGUGUAUCAGUGAGCGUUUGAUGGAUGUGGCUGGCUCUGACUGAUGAGUCUCAACAUGCUAACAGUAUCAUCCUUAUAGUCAUGGUUAUCUUAUCUUAUCUUAUCUAUGAUAAACCAGCCAAACUAUGGCUCUCGUGUACUUAUCUCACUCAUAGAUUUUGAAUGUCUGCUAUCAGAGCCAGCACAAGGCGUUAGAUCCCCAGCUCUGCUAAAAGCAGGGGGAUGAAAAAAAAAAAUUAAAAGUUGAAUCUUUCCUUUACAUACUGGACCAAAUGCAAAACAAAACAAGCAAACAAAAAAAACACAACCUCUGUGUUUGAUUUAAAGCACCUAUUUAUUGUCUUAUUAAUUGUUUGGUUUUCACCGGUAAAAAAAAAACUUGUUUGUAUUG